AUGUUUGGCAAUCCGAUUCAAGCGUCCAACUGCGAGACCUGGUCGGAAUGGGGUCCGUGUGUUUGGCUCAAAGGCAAAGAGAAACGCUGGCAGCGCACCUAUUUCGAGCAGCUUCUGCCCGGUCGAAAGGGUUGCCGAAAUCACGUGUUUUUCCGUUUGCUUAAAGACCGUUGGGGAGUGGCUUUCAACAAUUUCUACAACUAUCUCCGAGAAACCACACAAACCGAAGAGCAAUGCGGCGAGUGCUCAUAUCAGCAAAGUUGUGGAAGAAAGUGCCAUAGAAGGGGCGACAUUGGCAUUAUCAACCCACUAUUUGUCGCAGAGCGAAAAUGCAUGGGAGUCGAUCAGAGCAACGCGUGCGUUUCAACGUUCACAAAUGAUUGCAAAUUGUGGCCAAAUCCAGCGAUCGCUCUUCCAAACGUCACCGAAUCAAUGCAUCAGAUCAUAGACAACUUGGAUUACUUGCAGUGUGUCCCGGAACAUAGGCCAUCAGGAUCAGUGUGUCGCUGCUGCUGUCAUCCGUACACGCCGAACCCUCAGACAUUCAAAUGCGAGCUCAAACCGUACUUGAGCCAAGGAUAA